AUGGCUUCCAAACCGAUAGUCGUUCGACCAAUUAUUAUAUCUGGACCUUCGGGGGUUGGGAAGGGAACCUUGAUUCAGAUGCUGGAUGACGCACAUCCUGGCAUAUUUACGAGGACAGGCGAAACAAAAGGAAACACGUAUUUCUACGUUUCGGAGCCCGAUUUCAAAUCACUCAUUGCCGAAAGUGCUUUCGUCGAAUAUACACCAUCAGAGACUAAAUGGCAAAGGCAAAUGCGCGAGAGGGCCAUCAUAGACCCCCGUUACGUUUUCAUUAAGCCACCAAGUUUCGAUGAACUGGAAACUCGACUUCGGAAACGCAGCACGGAGACUGAUGCAAGCAUAGAAAAGAGACUUGGGCGAGCAAAACGCGAGCUUGAGCAAGUAGAUGCUUCUGGGCUUUACGACAUGGUUCUUGUGAAUGAGGAUCUCGCUGUGUCAUACGAUAAAUUGAAAGCCUUUGUUUGGGGAUCAUCAACGGAAUGA